UGUUACAGAACUCUAUUAUAUAUUUUGUGACAGAACUUGUGCAGAAAGUGGGAGCGACUGUCCAGUGUCAAAAGUGUCAAAAGAAUGUAAUAUUUGUAUGAGAAAAUAUUUACAAUGUCAAAGAAUAAAUUAAACUUAACUCUCCCCCCUGGUUCGAUAGACCAAACACCUACCAUAACACCAACUUCUUCGUUUCACGAUAAACCUGCUGUACCUAAUAAUUUAGUACGAGGUAACAGUAUAGAUCAUUUAACUGCACGUUUGGAAGAAUUAGACAUGGAUGAUACACAGCGUAAAAGAAUCGAGGUGUUCCUGUGCCAAAAGGAGAAAAUUGGAGGUGAUUUGUCAGAUGAUGAUUUUGAAAAGCUUGGUGAACUUGGUUCUGGAAAUGGCGGAGUUGUAACUAAAGUUCGACACAAAUGUAGUGGUUUAAUAAUGGCUAGGAAGCUAAUCCAUCUAGAAGUAAAACCUGCAAUUAAAAAGCAGAUUAUUCGAGAGCUUAAAGUAUUACAUGAAUGUAAUUUUGCUCACAUAGUUGGCUUCUAUGGUGCAUUUUAUAGUGAUGGAGAAAUAAGUAUUUGUAUGGAGUAUAUGGAUGCUGGUUCACUUGAUUUGAUACUAAAAAAAGCAGGCCGUAUACCUGAGAAUAUACUUGGAAAAAUAACUUCGGCAGUUUUAAAAGGUUUAAGCUACUUAAGGGACAAACAUGCUAUAAUGCAUAGAGACGUUAAGCCUAGUAACAUUUUAGUAAAUAGCAGUGGAGAAAUUAAAAUAUGUGAUUUUGGAGUGUCGGGACAACUCAUAGACUCAAUGGCUAACUCCUUUGUGGGAACCAGAAGUUACAUGUCGCCAGAAAGGCUUCAGGGCACACACUAUUCAGUACAAAGCGAUAUUUGGUCAUUAGGUUUAUCGUUAGUAGAAAUGGCUAUCGGAAUGUACCCCAUACCCCCACCAGAUGCAAAAACAUUAGCUGCAAUAUUUGGUCCAAGAAGUGACACAGAUUCUCCAGAUCACACAAAAGGUCCUCGUCCUAUGGCAAUAUUUGAACUUCUUGAUUAUAUUGUAAAUGAACCUCCACCAAAGCUUCCGUCAGGAAUAUUUACAGAUGAAUUCAAGGAUUUUGUUGACAGAUGUUUAAAAAAAAAUUCUGACGAUCGUGCUGACUUGAAAACAUUAAUGAAUCACACAUGGAUUAAAAAAGCUGAAUCUGAGGAUGUUGAUAUUGCAGGGUGGGUGUGUAAAACAAUGGAAAUUCAGCCCCCAGGCAAAUAAGAUGUUUUCUUUCAUAAAUUACAUUUUCUAUAGAGAUGGAUAAGCGUUAGGACAGUUUUUAGAAUCAUGGAAUCAAAUGCUGUGAACAUUUGUAUUAUUAAUUGUAAUAAUAUUAUGUACGCCUUUAAAACUAUGUACUUGUAUAUUUAUUAUUGUUUCUAUUAGGCAUUUCAAAAGUUGGUUUUUCCUAGCUAAUAAUUUAUAAUAAAAC